GGCCUGUGGAGAGAAAUCCUCUUGGAGACCCUCCUGGGAUAUGUUUCUUGGUCUCUCUACCAUGGCCUGGGACCCAUGAUCUAUUACUUUCCACUACAAACACUGGAGCUCACAGGGAUGGAGGGUUUCAGCAUAGCCUUUCUCUCACCAAUACUCCUGACAAUUCCUCCUUUCUGGAAACUCGCUAACAAGAAGUGGAUGCUUGCCCUGCUGCGCAUCGUUACUGUUGGUAAGAUUUCAGAGUACGGUGACCACGGCAAAGCUGAAGGGAAGACAAGCCAGGCAGCCCACGUGGCCUCUAGAGCCAGAUGCAUGUUGGCGGGCACGGCCUUCGGGAGCCUUGUAUUCCUCACGCACUGGAUCUUUGGAGAGGUCUCUCUUAUUUCCAGAUGGGCAGUGAGUGGUCACCCCCAUCGGGGGCCGGAUCCUAACCCAUUCGGAGGUGCAGUUCUGUUGGGCUUGGCAAGCGGAUUGAUGCUCUCAGCUUGUUCCUGCGUUCGUGAUGCCAGGCUAACCUGGUGGGGGACAGGCGCAGCUGCGGCCGCGGGUCUCCUCUACCUGCACACGUGGGCAGCGGCUGUGUCCGGCUGGGGGCUGGCCAUCUUCACUGGGUCCAUGUGGCCUCAAGUGCUUGGACAGCUUGUUAGCUCAGGGUCAGACCCUGGGGAAACCAUGACCACUGCCAUGGUCGUAUACCUUCUAGGGACAUUCUUCUGUGCAUGGUGCACAGCUUUUAAGUUUGUGCCCGGUGGUGUCUACGCCAGAGAAAGAUCUGAUGUGCUUUUGGGGAUUAUGAUGUUAAUUAUUGGUAUGAAUAUGUUAUUUGGACCUAAGAAAAGCCUUGACUUUCUUCUUCAAACAAAAAGCAUCCCUAAAGUGCUCUUUAGAAGGAGUGAAAAAUACAUGAAACUUUUUUUAUGGCUGCUUGUUGGUAUAGGGUUGUUGGGAUUAGGAUUGCGGCACAAAGACUAUGAGAUGAAAUUAGGCAAAGGGGCACCUGCCCAAGUGGUCUCUGCUGCCAUCUGGCCCUUCCGGUUUGGAUAUGACAACGGAGGAUGGCUUAGUCUGGAGAGGUCGGCGCAGCUGCUCAAGCAGACAGGCGCAGAUUUUAUAACAAUUCUGGAGAGCGAUGCUUCUAAGCCCUACAUGGGUAACAACGACCUAACCAUGUGGCUGGGAGAGAAGUUGGGUUUUUACACAGAUUUUGGUCCAAGCACAAGGGAUCACACUUGGGGGAUAAUGGUGCUGUCCAGGUACCCCAUUGUGAAGUCGGAGCAUCACCUCCUGCCGUCGCCAGAGGGCGAGAUUGCGCCGGCCAUCACCCUGACGGUGAACAUCUCUGACAACCUGGUGGAUUUUGUCGUGACACACUUUGGAAAUCACGAAGACGACCUUGACAGGAAGCUGCAGGCUAUUGCUGUUUCAAAACUACUGAAAAAUUGCUCCAAUCAAGUGAUAUUUCUGGGAUAUAUCACAUCAGCACCUGGCUCCCGAGAUUAUCUACAGCUCACAGAACAUGGCAAUGUGAAGGACAUCGACAGCUCAGAUCGGGACAGAUGGUGCGAAUACAUCAUGUACCGAGGGCUCAUCAGGUUGGGCUAUGCAAGAAUUUCUCAUGCUGGACUGAGUGAUUCUGAAAUUCAGAUGGCCAAAUUUAGGAUCCCUGAUGAUCCUGCUAAUUAUAGAGAUAACCAGAGAGUGGUCAUAGAUCACAGAGAAGUUCCCAAGAAAAUUCAUUUCAAUCCCAGAUUUGGAUCCUACAAAGAAGGACAUAAUUAUGAGAACAAUCAUCAUUUUCAUAUGAAUACUCCCAAAUACUUUGUAUGA